CAGACUCCGGUCUUUCGAAUUCCCGCGGCCUCUCCAGUGCGGCUCAGCCCGGUCUGUCCGCGACCCGGGCCUUUUACCAUAAUAUACAGGCGCAGGGGAACCCAGGUUGCUUUAAUGGUGUCUUGGAGAGCCCACACUUGACAUUCUAGGAGGCCCCAGCAAAGAAGAACACCCUCAACUCAGAAUCAGCGUCUCCCCUUGAAGUCCCCCCAGCCUCCUCCUCAGGGGCUCUCUGACCUCAAAGACUAGCUGUGUUUCCUGCGGAGCUCUGGAGUCCUUCACUUCCUCCAGUAAGAGCCAGACCUGCAUUGGGCGCUGACUUUGAGCCCAAGUGCUGGCGGUGGGCAAGGCACGCAGCCCCCUUGUGUCUCAGCUGAACCAUCUGUUCAUCUUCAAGUCAUCAUGAGCAGUAAGAAGCGCAGAUCAGAGAUCCGGUUUAAUGCAAAGCAUAAUAAGAAAAUCGACCACUAUUUUUCUCAGGUCCCUAAAGAACAACAGAAUAAUUCCAUUACUUCUCCGAUGAAGAUGAAAUCGAAAGGAGGUCUGAGAGACAUGACUAACACCAAGGCUGAAAGCUUCCAUUCACCUAAGAAAAAUCCAGAAGACCAGACCAUGCCCCCAAAUAAGACGAUUAAUGUCACUUUGGAUGUAAACCAGAGGAAAAACAAAAAAAUGAAAUACUCCCUCACAGGGAGUGAGGAGGAUCGCUUAUACAUGGCUCUCAACACUCUCGAGGCUGUCAAAGAAGAAAUAGAAACUCAUCAAGGCAGAGAAAUGCUGGUACGUGGCCAAGAAGGAAUCGAAGGGUUCAUCAACCUUGGAAUGCCCCUCACUUGUUUUCCUGAAAGCUGCCACGUGGUAAUUACAUUUGCCCAAAGUAAAAAUAAACAGAAAGAAAGUAACCAACUAUUUGGCCGGCACGACAAGGUAUCAUCUCCUGAGUGUGUCAAAUUUUACAUUCAUGCAAUUGGAACUGGAAAGUACAAGAAAAAGAUCGUUAAAUGCGGGCAGCUUCACAAAGAAGGGUACAAACUCUGUGUCUAUGCUUUCAAAGGAGAAACCAUCAGGGAUGCUCUGUGCAAGGAUGGCAGGUUUCUUUCCUGUUUGGAGAAUGAUGAUUGGAAACUCAUUGAAAACCUGAACACCAUUUUAGAAAGCACCCAGCCAGUUGAUGAAUUAGAGGGCAAGCUCUUUCAGGUUGAGGUUGUGAAAAGAAUGGGCCCCGGGCCAGCAGCUGCUGAGAAUUCUGAGUUGGGGAAAAGAAACACCUGUGUGUUGAGGGAAUACAUUGCAGACCAGUACCCCAGUUUGAAAAAAGAAAGUGAAAAAAUCAGAGAAAAUUUCAGAAAAGAAAUGAAAAAAAGAAAGGGGAAAACAUCAUUAUUUGACUUGCACAAAACAAAUUUUGGGAAAGUAACAAAAAACUCUACUCCAAUUAAAAUGAUAAAACGUCUUUCACAUCUCAGUGAUUCAGUUGGGUACAUAUUCUGGGAUUAUAAUGGAAUUACGGGUUCUGCCACCUGCUUUGUUUUUAAAGGCUUGUUCAUUUUAACUUGUCGGCAUGUAAUAAAUAACAUUGUGGGAGAAGGAAUAGAGCCAAGUAAGUGGGCAGCCAUAAUUGGUCAGUGUGUCAGGGUGACAUUUGGUUAUGAAGAUUCCUCAGAGAAAGAGGAGAACUGCUUUUUCGUUGAACCUUGGUUUGAGGUAUCUGAUGAAACUCUUGACUAUGCUAUCCUGAAGCUGAAGGAAAAUGGACAGGAAGUACCUGUGGGACUACAUCAUGGGCUCCAUCCUGUGCCCCUUAGUGGGUUGAUACAUAUUGUUGGCCAUCCAAAUGGAGACAGAAAGUCUCAUGAUGCUUGUGCUGUAAUCUCUCAGGAUCAACGAGAAAAGAAAUGUGCACAGUAUGUCCAUAUGUACACGCCAAGAAGUUUCGAGAAAAUAAUUCACGAUGCUGAUGUGAUUACCUAUGACACCUGUUUUUACUUCGGGGCUUCUGGAUCCCCAGUGUUUGAUUCAAAAGGUUAUUUGGUGGCCAUGCACACUGCCGGCUUCGCUUACACCUACGAAAAUGAUAUUUGUAGUGUCAUUGAGUUUGGGUGUCUUAUGGAGCCCAUCCUCCUUGAUAUGAAGCAAAGAUAUAAAGCAUGGUAUGAAGAAGUAUUUAUGAGUCAGAUGGAUGUAGAAAUGAUGAGUGUUAAGGAUUAAGGACUUGUGAGAAUUAGGCCUAUUUAUUAGCUUUAAGAGAAUUGCCUAUGGAGUUCCUAUUCCAUAGCCAUUGAUGGUAAGUU